AUGCCUGCCCCUGCACCUGCACUGAGCGACGAGCCUGCGGCAGGUAAAGCUGGUGGUGAUAGUGAUGACGCUGGUGAUGUCAACGAAGAGGAUGGAGAGGACGAAGAGGACGCAGAGGACAAAUAUAAUGAUGUCGAUGGUCCUGAUAGAGACGUGGGUGUGGACGACACGGAUGUAAUAACCGUAUCUGGUCCGGUCGCCACCACUAUGGUCGUGCUCACCUCUACGGAUGUGACUGCUGGAGGGAAAAUCAAGCCGGGCAUGGAUGUAGAUGCUCCUUGUUCACUGGAAGCAGUCGCAAUUGGGAAAGUCGAGGCGCCUAUGGGCGAAAGAGUCGUAACUUCCGUGAUCAAAAUAAUCGGGGCGCUCGUGGGCAGCGAACGAGACAUGUUGACGUAUAAUGAGAACAAAUUCCUCUGA